CCCGCCGCGGGCACCAUGGGCGCUGCCCACUCCGCCUCCGAGGAGGUGCGGGAGCUCGUGGGCAAGACCGGCUUCUCCUCAGACCAGAUCGAGCAGCUGCACCGGCGGUUUAAGCAGCUCAGCGGAGACCAGCCCACCAUUCGCAAGGAGAACUUCAACAACGUCCCUGACCUGGAGCUCAACCCAAUCCGAUCCAAAAUCGUCCGUGCCUUCUUUGACAACAGGAACCUGCGCAAGGGGUCCAGCGGCCUGGCCGACGAGAUCAACUUCGAGGAUUUCCUGACCAUCAUGUCCUACUUCCGGCCCAUCGACACCACCAUGGACGAGGAGCAGGUGCAGCUGUGCCGCAAAGAGAAGUUGAGAUUUCUGUUCCACAUGUACGACUCGGACAGCGACGGCCGCAUCACCCUGGAAGAGUAUCGAAAUGUGGUGGAGGAGCUGCUCUCCGGGAACCCACACAUCGAGAAGGAGUCGGCCCGCUCCAUCGCUGACGGGGCCAUGAUGGAGGCAGCCAGCGUGUGCGUGGGGCAGAUGGAGCCUGACCAGGUGUAUGAGGGGAUCACCUUCGACGACUUCCUGAAGAUCUGGCAGGGGAUAGACAUCGAGACCAAGAUGCACGUGCGCUUCCUUAACAUGGAAACCAUCGCCCUCUGCCACUGACCCGCCUGCCCAUCCCCCCCCACCCCGAAGCCACGCUGUGCCCACAGCCUCCCGUGGGACCCGAGGCCGCCCGGCUCCUUCCGCCACGGCUCGUGUAAAUAGCCCCCACUCCUCCGCUGUCUUGUUUUCCCGAGGGUGUGGUACCUGGGACCUCAGCUGUUUUUAUCUCCAAUAAAAAAGAAAACGGUUGGUUUGUUAAUGAA